AGACCCAUUCAUUCUUUGGUUUCCUCUCGUCUCUCGUGUGCUUAGCUCAUUUUUCGUUUCAUUCCCUCUUUUUUCUCUUCUCUGUUUUUUUUUUUCCGGUGAGACGGUAGGGCUUCUUCUUCUAUCUUACGCCUUCCUAACCGCGGCGCACGUUUACCCCCGCCGUUCUCUAUCUCACGCUCCCGGAGGGGUUAAUUUCUAGGGUUUGGUUAAUCUGAGAUCCGUGAAAGGGGGAACAGUCUGUGAUUGAAUAAAAUCUGGGCGGGCGGGCGGGAGCAGAAAGGCUAGGGUUAGGGUUUUUGAUGCGUUGGCGGAAUUCGGUGCCGGCUAAUUGGAUUGGGUCGGAGGAGUGAGAUAUGGCUAAUCCCGGAGUCGGGGCAAAGUUUGUAUCUGUCAAUCUCAACAAAUCGUAUGGGCAGCCUUCUCAUCAUCACCAUCCGCCGCACCCUGGCUCCUACGGCCCCAAUCGGUCCAGACCCGGCGGGAGUCAUGCCACUGGAGGAAUGGUGGUCCUUUCGAGGCCUCGCAGUGCGCACAAGGCUGGGCCGAAGCUUUCUGUACCACCCCCCUUGAAUCUGCCCUCGCUGCGCAAAGAGCACGAGAGAUUUGAUUCGGCCGGUUCGGGAGGUGGGCCGGCUGGCGCAGGGGUGUCGGGGAGUGGGUCGAGGCCUAAUUCGGCGGGAAUGGGGUGGACGAAGCCCACUGCUGCUGUUGCAUUGCAGGAGAAAGAAGGGUUUGGUGAUCAUGGAGCUGAUGGGAAUGGAAUUGACCAGACUAGUGUGCAUGGUAAUGAUGGGGCCGGUAGGGGGAACAGUGUUUAUAUGCCUCCUUCAGCUCGGCCUGGUUCAGUGGGACCGAUUGCUACUGCUUCUGCUCCAGCUUAUCACUCAUUGGAGAAAGCCAUGCUGUUGAGGGGCGAGGAUUUCCCUUCUCUGCAGGCUGCUUUGCCUUCUGGAUCAGGGCCCGCACAGAAGCAGAAGGAUGGUUUGAAUCAGAAACAGAGACAAGUCCGCGAUGAAUUGCUGAAUGAGCAGAGAGGCAGUACGAGCCCGCAAUUGCAGACAUCAAGUCGUGGUACAAGCAAUGUACUGAACGGGAAUGGGGGUGAAAGUCGGGGUUUGGGUGGUAAUAGAGCAUCAGAGCAAGCACAGAAGCAGGAGGACUACUUUCCCGGUCCAUUACCACUAGUUCGGUUGAAUCCGAGAUCAGAUUGGGCAGAUGAUGAGCGUGAUACGAGUCAUGGUUUCACAGACCGAGGCAGAGACCAUGGGUUUUCAAACACAGAAGCUUAUUGGGAUAGGGAUUUUGAUAUGCCAAGAAUAAGUGUUCUACCGCACAAGCCAGUUCAUAACCUUUCUGAGAGACGAGGUCUGCGUGACAAUGAAACUGGAAAGGUUUCUUCCAGUGAAGUCCCUAAGGUGGACCAAUAUGGUAGAGAUGUAAGAACACCUAGUAGAGAAGAAAGGGAAGGAAGCUCAUGGAGAAAUGCUACUCUUCCAAAGGAUGGAAUUACUGAUCAAGUUGGAAAUGACAGAAAUGGUUUUGGUGCAAGGCCAUUGAGUCUAAUCAGAGAAACAGCUAGGGAAAACAAGCAUAAUCUGAUGCCUUUUCAAGAAAGUCCUCAAGAUAAUUUCGGUAGAAAGGAUGCAGGGUAUAGACAUGGAGGGAGACAACCUUGGAACAAUGCUAUGGAUUCACAUGCAAGCCGAGGGGCUGAGUGGAAUAAACGAGACCGUUAUGGCAGUGAACAGCAGAACAGAUACAGAGGUGAUGCCAUACAGAAUAGCUCAGUGUCCAAACCCUCAUACUCUUUGGGUAGCAAAGGACUACCUGUGAAUGAUCCAUUACUCAAUUUUGGAAGGGAGAAGCGUCCAUUCUCAAAGAGUGAAAAACCUUAUGUGGAAGACUUUGGAGGUACAGAUUUUGACACCCGGGAUCCCUUCUCUGGGGGUCUUUUUGGUGUGGUUAAGAAGAAAAAAGACGUGACUAGACAAACUGAUUUCCAUGAUCCUGUUAGGGAAUCUUUUGAGGCUGAACUUGAGAGGGUUCAGAAAAUGCAAGAACAGGAGCGCCAGCGGAUCCUUGAAGAACAAGAAAAAGCUUUGGAGUUAGCUCGAAGAGAAGAGGAGGAGAGAGUAAGGCUGGCUAAGGAACAUAUAGAGAGGCAGAGAAGGAUGGAAGAAGAAGCUAGGGAAGCAGCAUGGAGAGCAGAACAAGAACAACUUGAAGCCAUGCGAAGAGCUGAAGAGCAGAGAGUAGCCAGGGAAGAGGAGAAACGGAGGUUGUUUAUGGAGGAAGAAAGGAGGAAGCAUGCUGCUAAGCAGAAGCUUAUAGAAUUGGAGGAGAGGAUUGCCAAAAGGAAGGCUGAAACAGCAAAGGCUGGUGGUAAUUCUUUGGCUGUUGCAGAUGAAAAUAUGUCUAGGAUGGUGAAAGACAAAGAUGUCUCAAGGGACAUUGGGGACUGGGAGGAUGGUGAAAGAAUGGUGGAGAGGAUAACAGCCUCCGCAUCUUCUGAUUCAAGUUUAAACAGGUCCUUCGAGAUGGGUUGUAGGACUCAUUUACCUAGAGAUAGUUCUGCUUUUGUGGAUGGUGGAAAACCUGUUAAUUCAUGGAGAAGAGAUGUGUAUGAGAAUGGGAACAACUCAACCUUACUUCUACAAGAUCAGGACAAUGGUCAUCAUAGUCUGAGAAGAGAUAGAGAUUCAUCUGUUGGUGGGAGAGCUCAGUCAAGGAAAGAGCUCUAUGGAGGUGGUGGAUUGAUGCCUUCUAGGACAUACCAUAAAGGAGGGAUUGCAGACUCUCACAUGGAUGACAUUUCUCAUUUAAGGGGGCAGAGGUGGAACCUUUCGGGGGAUGUGGAUCAUUAUAGCAGAAACAUGGAGAUUGAGUCUGAUUUCCAUGAUAACUUUGCUGAAAAGUUCAGUGAUGUUGGAUGGGGGCAGGGCCGAGUCCAUGGCAAUCCUUAUUCUUCUUAUCCUGAACCAGUAUAUCCAAAUUCUGAUGCAGAUGGGCCUUAUUCCUUUGGUAGGUCACGGUAUUCUGUGAGGCAGCCUCGUGUCCUUCCACCGCCGUCACUGGCUUCUAUGCACAAACCCUCCUACAGAGGUGAACCUGAUCGUCCUGGCCCCUCAGCUUUUCCAGAAAAUGAGAUGCAAUACAAUCAUGCAGCUAGAAGUGAAUCUACCGUGCAGACAGGUUAUGAUGGAAAUCGACCAGAGAAUCUUGUACAACCUGAAAUCAUUGAAGUCAAACAAGAAAAUGCUGGGAAUGAGGAGCAAAAACUGGACACCACUCCAAGGUGUGACUCACAGUCAUCUCUUUCUGUGUCUAGCCCCCCUAGUUCUCCAACUCCUCUUUCUCAUGAUGACUUGGAUGAAUCCAGAGAUUCUUCAGUUUUAUCUGCCCCAGGAAACAGUAAAAAUGUUACCCUGCCUGGUCAGGAGAACGAAUCCCUUGUACUACCUACUGUUCCUGGAAAGGAUUCAAGUUCUGUCUCGACUGGUGAUGAUGAAGAAUGGGCUGUUGAGAACAAUGAACAACUUCAGGAGCAAGAGGAGUAUGAUGAGGAUGAAGAUGGAUAUGAGGAAGAAGAUGAAGUGCAUGAAGAUAUGCAUUUAGAGGGGAAAGAGUCCCCCGAUAUGGACAACUUUGUUCUAUGCUUCAAUGAAGGAGUUGAAGUUGGAAUGCCAAAUGAUGAAUUUGAUAGAACUUCAAGGAAUGAAGAAAGUACAUUUGUUGUACCUCAGGUUUGCUCUGGCACUGUUGAAGAACACGGGUCCUUUGAUGGAAUUCAUACUGAUGAAAAGACCCUUCAACAUAUGGAUGAUUCCUCUCAACUAGGUGCAGGUAGUUCUUCCAGAAUGUUCCAGGAAACUGAGAAGGCAAUGCAGAAUUUAGUUAUUCAGCCAAAUAAUGUCCCUCAUAAGUCUCCUGCUCCUGAAAGCAUGGAUCAUGUGGAUGCUUCUAGUAGUUCUGGGCCAUCUUCCCAGCAUCACGUUGCUUCUUCAGUUAAUCUUACCUCUCAUUUGUUGUCUAGUCAGACUAUCAUGCCUACAGUAUCUGCUGUUCAAAAUCAGACGGAGGGACCUGUCAAGCUUCAGUUUGGGCUGUUUUCAGGUCCAUCUCUGAUACCAUCUCCAGUCCCAGCUAUACAAAUUGGUUCUAUACAGAUGCCUCUUCCUCUGCACCCUCAGGUUGGCCCUUCUCUUGCUCACAUGCACCCGUCACAGCCUCCUCUCUUCCAGUUUGGACAGCUAAGGUAUACAUCUCCUAUAUCCCAGGGAGUACUGCCAUUGGCUCCUCAAUCGAUGUCUUUUAUUCAGCCCAAUGUUCCAUCUGGUUUUUCUGUAAAUCAGAGUCCAGGAGGUCCUCAGCCUAUUCAAUCUGGUCAAGGCACUACUCAAAAUAUGAAAGAUGAUGUUGUAUCACUUCCGACUGAUAAUCGUCAGGGCCUUGCUUCAAGGCACUUGGAUCCAUCUCAAGGGUAUGUAUCUGAAGGGGUAAAUCCAAAGGCAGCAGGAGAAAAUGCAGAAACCUCUGUUAUGGGGCAGCGGGGAGCAGCAAAAUCCUAUAUUGGCGAUAGCAGUUCAACGUCUGGGUCACUUUUCCAAGCGGAAGAUCAGGGACACAAUAAUUUGGUUGGGAAAAACUUCAGUGCUUUUUCUGGUAACGGGGAAUCUGAAAAGCGGUCUCAAAUUGGAGCAUCGUCAGCUCAGACAGUUGUCAAAGGAAGAGAUAUAGGUGGGCCAAAGGCUUAUGGUCCGGUACCUGGUGGUGGCAGAGGGAAAAAAUUUGUGUUUACAGUUAAAAAUCCUGGCUCAAGAUCAUUUCCAGUUCCUGAGCUUACCCACGUAGAAUCUAAUGGAUAUAAGAGGAGACCUCCUCGACGUAAUAUGCAGCGUACUGAAUUUCGUGUUCGAGCAAGUGCUGACAAAAGGCAGUCUACAGGUUCAGUAUCAUCCAACCAUCUUGGACUGGAAGAGAAAUAUGCUCCUGUAAGGGGUUUGGGACCUUCUGUGAGAAGUGGGCCUAGAAAGGUUGUCAUGUCGAAUAAACAAUCAAAACAGAUUUCAGAGUCAGAAGGUAUGACCCCUGGUUCAAGUAGUUCACAAGAAAUAGAGUAUGGAAGCAGGACUGAUAAGGGUGUGGGAAAAGAUGCCUUGGCAAAGAGCCAGAAUCUCCCACAUUCUGGAGAGGGAAACCUUAAAAGACAUUUUCAUUCUGAAGAAGAUGUUUAUGCUCCUCUGCAAAGUGGAGUUGUGCGGGUGUUUGAGCAAACUGGCAUAGAGGCUCCUAGUGAUGAAGACGAUUUCAUUGAAGUGAGAUCAAAGAGGCAAAUGCUGAACGAUCGACGUGAACAGAGAGAAAAGGAAAUCAAGGCAAAAUCUCGGGUCUCAAAGGUAUCGCGGAAACCACGUUCAACUUUAAAUUCUGCCAACUUGGGUAAGAAUUCUCCAGUGGCAAAUGGAGAAGCAGGAAACAACAUUCGCUCUGAUUUUGUUGGUAAUGAGGGACGUGGAUUGGCAAAUGCUGAAGUAUCAGCUGGAUUUAACACAACUGGCACUCAACCGCUGGCUCCAAUUGGUACUCCAGCUGUGAAAAGUGAUGGCCAGGCUGAUAUCAGAUCCCAAACUAUGAGGUCCCUCCACACAAGCUCCCUUCCUGUAGUAUCAGGUGGUGUAAAGAACCUUGGACGAGGCAUGAUUCUUGACAACAAGAAUAAGGUCCCCGAUAAUGUUCCGUCAUCUUUGGGAUCAUGGGGUAAUUCACGGUCUAAUCAACAGGUUAUGUCCUUGACACAGACCCAACUUGAUGAUGCUAUGAAGCCUGGGCACUUUGAUUCUCGUGCUGCUGUUGAAUCUCUCACUACCUCAGUUUCCAGCAUGUCAUCGUCAUCCAUCUUGACAAAGGAUAAAUCGUUUUCUUCUGCUGCAAAUCCAAUCAAUUCCCUGCUUGCUGGCGAGAAAAUUCAAUUUGGCGCGGUCACAUCUCCAACAAUCCUACCAUCUAGCAGCCGUGCUGUUCCACAUGGAAUUGGCCCACCAGGACCAUCUCGGUCAGAGAUUCAACUCUCCAGAAAUCUUUCUGCAGCUGAGAAUGAUUGUAACCUUCUCUUUGAGAAAGAAAAACACCCUCCUGAAUCUUGUGGUCAGUUGGAAGACUCUGAAGCUGAAGCUGAAGCAGCUGCUUCAGCUGUUGCUGUUGCAGCGAUCAGUAGUGACGAAAUUGUUGGGAAUUUGGGUGUUUGCUCUGUCUCUGGUGCGGAUACGAAGAGUUUUGUUGGUGCUGGUAUUGAUGGGAUAACUGCAGGUGGAGCUACUGACCAGCAAUUAGCCAGUCAAUCAAGGGCCACACAGUCUCUCAGUGCUUCCCUUCCUGCAGAUCUCUCUGUUGACACCACUUCGAAUUCCUUACGGCCACCCUUACCGAGUCAGAAUAAUUUCCUUAUAGCCAAUUAUGUUGUGGCCCCCCGUCCCAAGGGUGUUGAAGGUGCUGAUGUUGAUGUUGAUGUGAUAUCAACAGGUGGAUCUGGUGAUCAGCAAUUAGCCAGUCAAUCUAGGUCCGAAGAGUCUCUCAGUGUUUCCCUUCCAGCGGAUCUAUCCGUAGAGACCCCACCAAUUUCACUAUGGCCACCUGUGCCAAGUCCUCAGAAUCCUUCAGCCCAAAUGCUUCCACAUUUUCCUGGUGGCCCACCUUCCCAUUUUCCUUUUUAUGAGAUGAAUCCAAUGAUGGGGGCUCCUGUGUUUGCUUUUGGACCUCCUGAUGAAUCUGCAUCCACUAACCUAUCACAAUCCCAAAAGAACAGUGCACCUCCUUCAGCUCCAAUUGGGACCUGGCAGCAAUGCCAUUCUGGGGUAGAUUCAUUCUAUGGUCCUCCUGCCGGUUUUACUGGUCCUUUUAUCAGUCCUGCUGGAGGCAUACCAGGUGUUCAAGGGCCACCCCACAUGGUUGUUUAUAACCACUUCGCACCUGUUGGACAAUUUGGGCAAGUUGGCUUGAGUUUCAUGGGUACUACCUAUAUCCCAUCAGGAAAGCAGCCUGAUUGGAAGCACAACCCUGUAUCUUCGGCCAUGGGUGUGAGCGAAGUGGAGAUGAACAACAUGAAUAUGGUUUCUACACAGCGCAAUCCUACUAACAUGCCUGCUCCCAUCCAGCAUUUGGCACCUGGGUCACCACUCCUUCCUAUGCCACCUAUGGCCAUGUUUGAUGUUCCUCCUUUCCAGUCAUCUGCUGACAUGUCAGUUCAAGCUCGUUGGCCACAUGUUCCUGCUGCACCUCCUCAGUCUGUUCCUCUGUCGAUGCAAUUGCAACAACAGAGUGAUGGUAUGCACACUUCCAAAUUUAGCCAUGCCCAUGGUCCUGUUGACCAAUCAUUAACUGGGAACAGGUUCCCCGAGUCUCGAGCUUCAGCACCUUUUGAUAAUAGUCGGAAUUUUCCUGUGGUGACAGAUGCUACUGUCGCCCGAUUUCCAGAUGAACUGGGAUUAGUAGACCCUUCCAGCUCCGGCAGCACUGGGGCCUCAACACAGGGUGUUGUCACUAAGAGCUCAGCUUUAAGCACCAGUGGGGAUGCUAGCAAGACGGAUGUUGAUCAGAAUCUCAGUAGUAGCAGUGUUAGUGGACAUAACAACGCAAGUUCUAAUGUCAAAUCUCAGCCUUCUCAGCACAAGAAUAACGUCUCUAAUCAGCAGUAUGGCCAUUCCUCUUAUUAUCAGAGAGGUGGAUCUCAGAAAAAUAGUUCAGGGGGCGAGUGGUCCCACAGAAGAAUGGGGUUCCAUGGAAGGAAUCAAUCUAUGGGUGCAGAAAAGAGCUUUCCAUCUAAGAUGAAGCAAGUUUAUGUGGCUAAACAGACCCCAAGUGGCAAUUCAACGGUAUCAUGAAGACGAGAUGCUUGGAUUUCAUCUGCAAAGCACUCGGGUUGAAGCAUAUUUGUUCAGGAAUAAAGAAGUUUUGGUUGCUUUUCGCAGCAUCUAUUGCAUCGGUAGGUGCGUGUCUAGUAUUGAGAUUGAGAUUUUGUUCAGAUAUAUUUAUAGAUAUUAGCUGUGCUAGGUUUUCCCAAUGAAGGUUUUGCAUAAAUGGCAAGGUGAUAGCAUUUUUCGGCAAAAAAGGAAGGGGGGAUGGAUAGUGGUUAUUUAUUUCAGUUGUGGUCCAUUGGGUUUCUUUGUUUGAAUUGAACUGAACUCUUUGUUGGCUGCAAACUGAGUUGGUCAUUUUGUUGGGGUUGAUGUACUACAAAUCUACAAUGUUGUAUCCAGAUGAACAUUUCUUUUCCCCAUUUUAGUAAUAUAUGGCCCUUGAUGCUUCUUCAGA